AUGACGCUGGGGCUCGAGGACCGGCAGGCAAACUGGAUCGCCUCGCAUAUUGCAUUUCUAGACAAGUGUGCGACUCAGGGCCGUCAUGCCGCCUUCCUCUGUGCCAUCGAGACGAUUGUCCUUCAUGUCACGCGGGAGCAGGCCGCGAACUUUGGUCUCUUUGGCCGGCUUGGCGAGGAUGUUUGCCAGCUGGUUGAUAUUGACACCAGCGAGCGGAUACGGCAGUACUACGAGUUUUAG